CUGAGUCCAUCAGCUCUUUAUCAGGAGGUAAGUGGCUUAUUUUGUCAUCAGUCUUCCAGAAUUAUGUUUGGUCAUUGUGUUGAUGAGAGUUCCUAAGUCUUGUCAAAAUUAUUUGUCUUUACAGGAUUGAUGUUCUCUUAUAAUUUGUUCUCCUGGUUCAAAAACAGCAUAUUUUCAUUCUGUUCUUGUUGUAGUUGUCCCUUCCUUGAAAUGAUCCUUCAUUGCCUUUACAAUUCUAUUUCUCCAACUAAUUUUUUUUUUCCAUAUGUGAGAAAAAAUGUGACUUGCACUGGAGCUGAGAUAUUUAUCUAUGGAAAAGCCUUACUCUGCAAUGAGAAAGUCUGUCUUCUCCGUGUUCAACCAUGCAUAGGCAGGAUAAAUGAUUGCUCCAAUGAACAGUAAUAAAGAUUCCUCUUGGAAUUUCCCAGGACUGCUUAAUGGAUGUGUUUACAGUGGUGUAGAAACUUUGGGGAAGGAGCUUUUUAUGUACUUUGGACUAAAAGCUUUAAGAAUUCACUUUGGAAUGAAUGGUGCUGUCCUGAUUAAUCCACUCAAGAGCAAAGAUCACACUAGAGCAUCCCCGGUUUUUGAACUACAGCUCACUAAAGAUUUGAUUUGUUUCUAUGACUCAAGUGUAGAAUUCAGGAGUUCUCUGGAAAGUAAACAGAGGAUAAAAAUGAUGGAAGAUUUAGAUGUCUGCUCACCCAAAUUUAACAUCUCAAGGGCAGAAAGUGAAGUGAAAAAGCAGAAGGACCGGAUGUUGUGUGAUGUGUUAUUAGACCAGAAUAUGUUACCUGGUGUUGGAAACAUCAUCAAAAAUGAAGCCCUCUUUGAUAGUGGACUCCACCCAGCAGUUAAAGUUUCUCAGCUAAAAGAUGAACAGAUACGUCACCUUGUGAAAAUGAUACGUGACUUUACAAUCCUCUUUUAUAGGUGCCGCAAAACAGGCUCAGCUCUUUAUAAACACUAUAAGGUGUAUAAACGUUCUGACUGUGGUCAGUGUAGAAGCAAGAUAACUGUAUGUCGCUUGGGGGAGAAUAACAGAAUGACAUAUUUCUGCCCUCGUUGUCAAAAGGAAAAUCCUCAGUCCAUUGAUGUAAGCAAGCUGCCCACAAGAAACAGUCUAAUUGGCUGGGCCUAUAGCAGGGGGCUGUAUCCUAAUGAACAUGUUGCUCAGAAAGCUGAGGAGGAAUGGACGUGUGCUGUCUGCACCCUAAUAAACAAGCCUUCUGCUAAGGGCUGUGAUGCUUGCUUGACUUCAAGGCCCAAUGAUGCAAAAGCAGAGGAGGAUGCCAAUAAUUCUGUCAGCUGUGACAACAGUUUGAUGAAGUAUCCUUGUAAUAGUUUUGUCAAACGCCAUCCAGAAGUGAAGAUCAACCGGAAAACUGCAUUUGGAAUGACAACUCUGGUUUUGACAGACCUAGGCAAUAAAUCCAGUUCUGCGGAACAUAUCAGAAACCAAAACAUGAAGUCCAGUGGAGAUUUUCAAAACUCUCCUGUUGGUGACAUUUGUUUUAGUGAUGCACAGCACCCCUCCAAGGAGAAAGGCAAAUAUAUGGCUCUACCAUCGGACAAAGUCAAUGGAUCACCCGUAUUUGACUCUCAAUCUAGUUUAAGUCCUGCACACAAAAAAUUAAAGACUAAUCACUCACUUCCAGAGCUCAAAAGUUGCAACCCUGGCUUCUCAAACAUGUGUAAUGCUUCCAACAAUGGCCCUACUUCUUUCAGUGAACUUCAAGUUAACAUGACAGAUAAUACUUGUACCAAAAACAUUAACAGUCCUCGCUGUAAUAAACAUAACCGCGUCUGCAUUCUUCGAGUUGUGAGGAAGGAUGGGGAAAGCAAGGGAAGGCAGUUUUAUGCUUGUCCUUUACCUAGAGGAAGCCAGUGUGGAUUUUUUGAAUGGGCUGAUUUAUCUUUUCCAUUCUGCAACCAUGGAAAACGCUCGAUCAUGAGGACUGUGUUGAAACUUGGUCCUAAUAAUGGAAGAAACUUUUUUGUGUGUCCCCUCAGGAAGGAUAAACAGUGUGAUUUCUUUCAGUGGGCCCAAAAUGGACCAGGAAUAGAGAUUAUCCCAGGAUGCUAAUUAUUUUUAACUUGUAUAGCAUAUCUGGUUCUCAGUCUCUUAAGAUGGUAAAUACGAUGUUAGUUCCUUUUUAUUUAAUUUUGGGAUUAAAUAAUAGCCAUAGUUCACUGGGAGUAUCACCAUGAUGCUUGAAGAUUAUUGUUAUUCUGAAGCUUUUAAUAGAUUUCUUCCAGUCUCUUCCAUAUAUAUCUAUAUGUAAUCUUCCACUUACUCCUGCUCUGUAUUACUUUUUCCUCAUGAGGACAUUAUGUUUUGUCAAAUAUAUUAAUACCUCCUGUGUAAUGAAUGUAUUUCAUGACAAAAAUAAAGCACUUUUAGCAUAAUAGUAAUUACUUGUAAUGUGUUCAGGGAAGCCUGGACUAUGACUGGAGAGGGGAUACUUAACCAAUACCUUUUUCAGCUAUAUCUGGUAUCUGUUCUUCACCAAAGGGACAAAGCAGAGAGUGAUGAUGAAGCAGACAAUAACAAGAGAUGAAUUUGUAUUCCAGCUGUGCCACUAAUUAUUGGUAUGAUUUUUGGGCAAGUCAUCUCACCUCUAUAAGCAUCAGUUUCCCCGUUUAUAAAAUGGACUUGGACUAGAUGAGUGACCUCUUGAAGACGGACAUGAUUCCCUACCCUCACUGCAAUAUCCAUGCACAAGGCAUGUCUCAAACACCACCACAAUUCCUGUCUCACAUUUUUGCCUCUCUCCCACUCUACCUCUAUCUUUUCCCCAUUCCCCCUCCUCAAGCUCUGUGCAAGUUCCCACCCUCUUCCUAGUACUUAGAGUUGUCACUCAGGCUCUAUUGGGAAAAUUUACCCAUCCCAACCCUAGCAUGCUCCAAACUUCCCACCAGAUCCCUUCACUGGGAUACCCUACAGCCAACUCAGUACUAAGAAAUAAAUACCUCAGUUUCCA